AUGGCUGACAUCAAUCGUAACUUUGAUCCUUUUCCCUGGCCAGCAUAUCCUAACACGCUGCCAGAAUCCACCUCCGAAGGACACUGGAAGCACCUGCCACCCUAUGAAGGACCAUCGGAUGAGCAAUUCGGUCUACUCAAAUGGCGGGGAAAGUGUUUCUGUGGCAAGAUCACCUAUCUCUUGAAGCGAGAGAAACCACUCAUUGCCAAAUACUGCCAUUGUCGCGUGUGCCAGGUGACCCAUGGAGCUCCCCUUCAGUGGGCGGCGAUUUUCCACAAGGACGAUAUCGCAUUUCCCAAUGGCGUGAGUGGCUUGCGAUUUUACUCUUCUACCCACAAUCGUCCGGACCAUGUGUUGCCGACCAAGGUGUCCUGUGCCAAUUGCCGAACACCGAUCAUGGAUGAAGGCCGGAAUAUGUGCUUGAUCUUCCCUCAAUUGAUUGAGCUGGCGGGAUCGAGUCUGGAGCAAAGAGAGAAGACGGAGGCUUUCAAGCCGACAUGUCAUAUCUUCUACCAGUCACGCACGCUAGAUCUUCCCGAUGGCCUUCCCAAAUGGAGCGGAAUGGAGAAUGCUAGUGACCGGAUGGACGACCACGGUCACCGGAUCGGAGUCGAGCAGUGA